AAAUGCAACAAGUGUGUAUUUAAUUUUGAUCAACAUUGUAAGUGGCUCAAAAAUCGUGUACGAAGCAGAAAUUACCAGUACUUCCUGGGCUGUGUUAUCUCUGCUCUCCUUGAUAGUGUGAUAAUCAUCACCAUUUCAUGCACUGUGUUUGUUAGAUUCUUUAUAAAUCCAAAACUGCUUCGAAGCAACCUAAAAUUUGGAUCGGUAAAUGAUGCAAAUACCUGGCUUGUAUUUCAGCCAUAUUUUUCCAUUCAUACAAACAUAGCUACUAUUCUUCUUCUCACUGUGGUCACUACUGGACUAAGCCUGACUGCACUGAUACUUCUGUGUCAGCUUCUGUUCUUCCACUUCUACCUCAUGUGGAAACGACUAAGCACCCCUGAAGCACUUUUCUGCCCGUGA